CUCAAAACAAAUGCUCAAAUCAAAGCUCCCCAAACUUAAACACAAAUCUCUCAAUCCUCAACCAAUAACCCAAAUCCAAAUCCUCACGCUUCUAAAACAAUGCAAUUCCCUCAAAACGCUCAAACAAAUCCACACCCAACUCCUCAUCAACUCCCUCAAUCACCCCAAUCAUCUCCUCUCCAAGCUCAUUCACCUCCAAGACUUCCAUUACUCCAUCCUCCACUUCUCCCAAAUCCCCAAACCCAAUGAAUUCUCCUACAACAUCAUGAUCAGAGCCCUGACCUCCACUUGGGAAAACCACCCUCUCGCCCUUGAAUUCUACCUCAAAAUGAUCAAAUCCGGUGAAAAAACCGAUAAAUACACAUACCCAUUUGUCCUCAAAGCAAUCGGAGGCCUACGAUCCUUAAACCUAGGUCGAACCAUUCACGGGUCAGUAUUUAAGUUGGGUUUGGAUUUGGAUGAGCAUACAAGUCAUUGUUUGAUUACAAUGUACUUGAAAUGCGGAGAGUUAGGAUGUUCACGCAAGGUGUUUGAUGAAAUUCCUGAUAAGGAUUUGGUUUCUUGGAAUUCAAUGAUCUCUGGGUGUUCAGGGAUGGGGUUUUCGAAAGAGGCUGUGGAGUUGUUUGAGGAGAUGAAGGAUGAAGGGUUUGAGCCGUGUGAGAGGACUUUGGCGAGUGUUUUAAAAGCAUGCGGGGAUUUGGUGGAUAAAGAGAUGGGGAGGAAGUUGGAGAUGUUGGUGGAGGAGAGAGGGAUGGAGGUUGAGUCGUUUGUGGGUUCUGCAUUGGUUAAUAUGUAUGGAAAGUGCGGAGAUUUGGUUUCUGCAAGAAGGGUUUUUGAUGGGAUGAAGAAGAGGGAGUUGGCUGUUUGGAACUCGAUGAUUACAGGGUAUGCACAGAACGGUCAGCCAGAGGAAGCCAUCAAGCUAUUCAAUGCCAUGAGAGAAUCAACAACAGAACCAGACAAGUACACAAUAGCAGCAGUGCUCUCAGCCUGUGCGUCAGUCGGAGCCCUCAAAUUGGGCUCAUGGGUCGAUGAUUUCGCCUCAAGAAAAGGCCUUAUCAAUCGCAAUGUCUACAUAAGCACAGCUCUUGUCGACAUGUAUGCCAAGUGUGGAAACCUUGAUCGUGCCAUCAAGAUUUUCCAACCAAUGCUUCACAAAAACGUAGUUUCCUGGAAUGCCAUGAUCUCAGCCAUGGCCUCUCAUGGUCAUGGCCAAGAAGCGAUUGAAUUAUUUCAUCGCAUGUUGGAUGAGAAAGAAGUUACUCCCAAUGAUAUCACAUUUGUCGGACUUCUAUCAGCUUGUGUUCACACUGGACUAGUCGAUGAAGGUCGCCAGUGGUUCAAUCUUAUGGAAACCAAAUUUGGAAUAGUCCCAAGAAUUGAACAUUACUCUUGUAUGGUUGAUCUCUUAGCUCGAGCUGGAAAGGUGGAGGAAGCCUGGGAGUUCAUCGAGAGUAUGCCAGAGGAACUUGAUGCGGUUUUGUUAGGGGCUCUCUUAAAUGCUUGUCGGAAUUCUAAGAAUGUUGAGAUUGGAGAGAAGGUUAUGAGGAAGAUUUUGGAAUUGGAACCUUUGAAUUCAGGGAAUUAUGUGAUUUCUUCAAAGAUAUAUGUGAAUUCUAAUAGGUUGGAGGAUGCAGCGAGGAUGAGAGGGUUGAUGAAGGAAAGAGGUGUGAGCAAAACUCCUGGUUGUAGUUGGAUUGAGAUUGAUGGCCAAGCCUACGAUUUUCAUGCUGGUGACAGAUUGCAUCCUGAAACUCUGGAUCUUAAUUGGGUGAUUGACCUCAUGCUUGAGGAGAUGAAGCUAGAAGGAUAUACACCAAUUAUUGACAUAUUAUGAACACAUGUAAGGUUGAAGAAGAGACUCCAUUCUUUCCAAGAUACUAUGAAAGUGAAGGAAAUUCAACCAGAGUCGGGCUUUCACGUUGAUCAACUACUCUGAGGUUACCUUCAAGCUAUCUCAGGAAUUCAAAGAUUUUGAAAGUGGCCUGUAUAUCCAGAAAGAGCUUUGUGCUCACUGAGUUGUGUAUCAAAUGAGCACCGUCUUAACUCACAAAUAAUCCAUACCGGCAAUAAAAUCUCAUGAGUUGUUCAAGAGUCCUGCUGGCGCAAUAAGAUUGCGACUUACUGAAAAUGCAGAUGGAACCAGGUUUCGAGUUGGAUAGAACAGUGGUUAAAGAACAAGAAUUACAAAAGUAUCAGUCAUCUCCUUUUUGUGUUAUACUCGUGUACUGUUUGCUUAUGUUGAUUAAAGCUUGUAUUUAUUCUUUUGGCCUAGAUGGGCUUUAUCCAAGACGGUCAAAUUUCAAUAAACA